AUGACUGAAAAUCAGGAACUAGACAUUGGUCUAGCCCAGCUUCUGGAGCAGAAAAUGAAGCUAUUUGCUGAUCGUGUUUGUAUUGAACACGGUAGUUACAAAUUGACUUUCUGGGAACUUCAUUGCAAGGCUUUGAUGAUAGUGAGAUUACUAUACAGACUCCAAAUACGCAAAGAAGAGCCCAUUGCUAUUCUAGCACGACGUGGGGUGGACCAUAUUCUAUCCCAGGUUGCGGUGGUGUAUGCAGGUGGCUCGUGUGUUCCGCUUGAUGUUGACCUUGAUGAUAGGCAUAUCAGAAAGCUGGUAUCAAACCUAGGAGUAUCUGUCAUCUUGGUGGACUUGGAGAAUCAGAAGCGACUUUCUGAUAUUCAUCACAUUUUGGUUGACCAUGUAUCUGUCCCAGCCGAUGUCGAUUUUCACCAAACUGUCACCUUCAUGUCUGGGUCAAGCGGAUGUUCUCACAUCCUUCACACCUCGGGGUCAACUGGACUGUCAAAGGCUGUCCAGGUAUUGGCGAAGGGCCUUAUAAAUCUGGUUCUCGACGAUUUCGUUUCUAUUCACAAUGGCUGUCGCGUUGCUCAUGUCUGCAAUGUUGGAUUUGAUGUCUCACUGUGGGAGAUAUGGUCUUCACUUUUGCAAGGUGGCACAAUUGUGACUUUUGAGCGCCAUGAAAUGUUGGAUCCUUUUGUUUUUGAACAGAAACUGAAAUGCAGUCAAAUUGACGUCAUAUGGCAGACGACUUCUCUCCUGGCGACUAUCGCCCAUGUCUGUCCUUAUGCGUACUCAUAUGUCGACACCUUGCUGACUGGUGGGGAGGCCAUCAAUAUACGCACCAUAAGAAGUAUUGUCGCACAUGGUCAGCCUCGACGACUUUUCAAUAUCUACGGACCGACCGAAUUGACUGCGUUCACAACGUAUCACCAAAUCACUCCUGCGGACAUUGAAAAGGGGCAUAUACCCAUCGGCCGACCUCUAAAAAACUUCCACAUUCAAAUUGUCGAUGAGAACCUCCAGCCAGUUCCUAAUGGAAAUGUUGGAGAACUCUUGGUCGGUGGUGUUGGCGUGACUGGCGGGUACAUUAAUCAGCCUGAGAAGACUGCGAGAGCAUUUGUCUACUUACCCCAUUUGACACCCCCUUGCGAGACAAGUAAUAAUAAAUACUAUCGAACCGGUGACCUGGUUCAAAGAAACAACGCAGGGAUCCUUGAGUUUGUCGGCCGCCAGGACCACCAAGUCAAGAUUCGUGGCCAACGCGUCGACCUGGAAUCCAUUGAAUGGCAUCUUUUGGAGACCGGGCUGGUAUCUUGUGCUGUAGCACAACGUGUUACACUGGAAGAUGAAGGAAGCGGCUCAUUCUUACUCGCAUGCGUGACACCUGUAUCACUGAACAUCUCUGCGGCUUGUAUCAGACAGGCCUAUAUUAAACUCGCUCCUCAUCUAAUGAUUCCUCGACUUCAGUUACUAGAGGUUCUUCCCCUGACUUGCAGUGGGAAGGUUGAUCGCAAAAAGCUGGUUGGAGAUUAUAUGCAGCAUUUACGGUCCCUGAAACUCAAUUUACAUUCUGGCCAAGAAAGUGCAAAAGAGGGAGUGUCAACUGGAUUGGGUCGUCUAUGGCAAGAGCUUCUUGGGAUUCCAGUUGAAACCCUUCAAAGCAACGAUGACUUCUUUCUUCUUGGUGGCACGUCAUUGCAGGCGGCACUUUUAGCCUCAAAAAUUCAGAAGAAUUUUGGGAUUGUGAUCCAUGCAGCUUCUCUAUUUGAGUAUUCAACUUUGCAAGGGAUGCGUACACUUCUAUGCAUGGCCCAGAACAAAGGAUUUACACCUGAUAGAAUAUUGGAGAUGAAUAAAUGGUUGCAGGAUUGUCAACUUGGGAAAGACCUCGAGCCACUGGAGCACUCAUUACCCGAUUGGACAAUUGAAGCAGAAGGGAAAGUUUUUCUGACGGGCGCAACAGGUUUUGUUGGUGCCUUUUUGCUCGCACAUAUCUUGACUUUACCCCACGUCAAGGAAGUCGCAUGUCUUGUGCGAGCGCAUGAUCCUGCACACGCAUUGGUUCGCAUCCGAAAGGCCCUUCGACGAUAUGGAUUGAUUGUUGAGCCCAAAAACGAAACUAAGAUACUGGCACUCCCAGGCGACCUAGCUAAAGAACACAUAGGUAUUGGGCGUGACUCAUUCCGUCAUUUUGCGCAAUGGGCCAGCGUUAUCUUUCAUUGCGGCGCUCAUAUCAACUUUGUGCAACCGUAUUUGAGCCACCGAACAACUAACAUUGUAGGGACAUUAAACAUGAUUCAGUUUGCGGUUAGUGGGCGUUCUAAAGCAAUCCAUUAUACAUCUAGCAUCAGCGCAUACGGUCCCACGGGAGUGAUAACCGGGUCAACUAAUAUUUCCGAAAAUGAGAGGCCUAUAUCCCACGUUGAGGCGCUUUUUUAUGAUACGGGAUAUGCUCAAAGCAAGUUUGUAGCAGAGAACAUUAUCUGGCAUGCAAUAGACAAAGGUAUUCCCAUCGCAAUUCAUCGCCUCGGACUAGUUCUAGGUCCGAGCACAACCGGUGCAAUGAAUACAGACGACUUCCUCAGCAGCGUGAUAAAGAGUAGCAUUCAAACUGGACGCUAUCCAAUUCUCCCUCGACACCGGGGAGACUUUGUGCCAAUAGACUUUGUGAUCUCUUGCAUUGUCCAUAUUGCAUCAAAUCCGGUGAAUCUAGGACAGGCGUAUAAUAUACUGCAUCCAGACUCUACUUCCAGCAUCUACCUCCCAGCAAUAUUUGACAUGAUCAACAACAGGAAUAAGGAAUGCUUCCUGCGAGGGGUAUCAUACCAAGACUGGGUCAAUUCACUCUCUCAGAUGCCAGAUCAUUACCUAGGGUCGCUGAUGCCUAUGCUCAUGGACAAGGUCUAUGGCAAUAAUUCUCGAUGGGAAUUGCAGCGGGAUAUGCCCAAGUUUUCCAGGUUAAAUACUCGGCGUGCUUUAGCCAACGAUCCAGACCUACUGCACUGCGAAUCUCCAUCUACACUGAUUGCAAGAUACAUCCCCCAUUGGCUGAAAUCGAUUCGGACUGGCUAG